GCAACCAUGACCACUUGUUGCCUUGGAAACGCUGAGGAAAAACGUAAACAAAAAAUGAUGGACUGGGCCGAAGAACUGAAGAUGACCAUAAGAAAGACGACGGCCAGGAAGGGCCGGCGCUCCAAGAGUCGCGAUGUCUUGAAGGAGGACCCCACACAGGCGGCCUCAGGAUCCAAGGACAUAUCCAUCGACAUCACCCUGAAUGUCCAGGCAGGAACUCCGCCAACAACUUCGGACACGGCCACUUCGUCGACCUACAACAAUGAGUUCGAGUCGCAUCGUCCACCCAUCCGUCGAAUUUCGGGGGGAUGGGCGGAUUCUGGGCUAAAAGGAUUAAAGUCCAAGAAGAACUCCUUUGAUGACGAACGUUUUAAGCAAACAAAAUCGGCUACAAAUUCAAUACCAACCGAUGACAUACCAGUCAUCCCAGAUAUGGAAGAUGUUAAAGAUGAAAUUAUGCUGAAUGAGAUAGUCGAACCACCUGCUAUCGGCACUAGUCGGUCUGCUGUUUUAAAGGAGGCAAAUUCGGACUUGCUUUCCCAGUACGCCUUUUCAGCAGUAGAUGGCUUUGAUCUCUCAAUCCUUGCCGAAUGCCUGGUUCCCCAGGAGAGUCUCAACGAGAAGGACGAUCUCUGGCAGUGGGACAAACUCUUCACCGAGGUCACGGCUGAAAUCCAUUCGGAUAAGGUGCCCAAUGUGGGCAUGAAGAUAGGACCCGAUGUGGUGCCCCCCACACAAUAUACUUGAGUAAUUUUACCAUUCGAUUUCAGUGCAAUACAAAUACUCAAAUGUUUUAAUACAUUUUAUGCCUUAAAUGAUCACAAAAUAUACUUAACAGAGAUACUCAAUUAAA